GAGGAGCCGCGUCCCUGCCUGGCGCUUCCCGGCCCGGCGCUUCCCGGUCCUGUCCCGCCACCGCGGUGAGAGCGAGGCGCCCCCGGCACCCUCCGCCCCUUCCCCCGUCCAGGCGUGGGGGCUGGCGCGGUGCUCCGCUCGGCCGUGGCCGUGCCGCCGGGUUCGGGGCCGCUUGUGCGGGACUCGCAGGUGGGAGGCGGUGGAGCGGUGUCCGACGGGCCCUCGGGAGGCUGCCGCUGCCCUAGCUGAGAGAAGAUGACUGCAAUCAAGCACGCUUUGCAGAGGGAUAUUUUCACUCCCAAUGAUGAACGUUUAUUGAGCAUUGUGAACGUGUGCAAAGCAGGCAAAAAGAAGAGGAACUGCUUUUUGUGUGCCACAGUGACAACGGAACGACCAGUGCAAGUAAAUGUGGUAAAAGUGAAAAAAUCCGACAAGGGAGAUUUUUACAAAAGGCAGACUGCAUGGGCACUUCGAGACCUUGCUGUUGUUGAUGCCAAAGAUGCUGUUAAAGAGAGUCCUGAAUUUGACUUGCAUUUUGACAAAGUGUACAAAUGGGUUGCAAGCAGCACAGUGGAAAAGAACACCUUCAUUUCAUGUAUCUGGAAGCUUAAUCAGAGAUACCUUAGAAAGAAAAUAGACUUUAUUAAUGUUAGUUCACAGCUGUUGGAAGAACUUCCUAAAGUUGCAGAAGAAUCUGUUCCAAGUGGAGAGAAUCAAAGUGUAGCAGGAGGUGAUGAGGAAGCUGUGGAUGAAUACCAGGAGUUAAAUGCAAGAGAGGAACAGGAUAUUGAAAUAAUGAUGGAAGGGUGUGAAUACGCUAUUGCUAAUGCUGAAGCCUUUGCAGAGAAAUUGUCAAGAGAGCUGCAAGUGCUGGAUGGGGCAAAUAUUCAGUCCAUUAUGGCCUCAGAGAAACAGGUGAAUAUCUUGAUGAAGUUGUUGGAUGAAGCUCUAAAGGAAGUUGACCAAAUUGAACUAAAGCUGAGCAGUUACGAAGAAAUGCUUCAGAGUGUAAAGGAGCAAAUGGAUCAAAUUUCAGAAAGCAACCACCUAAUUCAUCUCAGCAACACAAAUAAUGUUAAACUACUGUCAGAGAUAGAGUUCUUAGUGAAUCACAUGGAUCUGGCUAAGGGCCAUAUAAAGGCCCUUCAGGAGGGAGAUCUGACAUCUUCUCGAGGCAUUGAGGCCUGCACUAAUGCAGCAGAUGCCCUUCUGCAGUGUAUGAAUGUAGCUCUUCGUCCAGGACAUGAUAUGCUUCAUGCAGUGAAGCAGCAGCAGCAGCGGUUUAGUGACCUGCGUGAGCAGUUUGCACGGAGACUUGCCAGUCAUUUGAACAGCGUAUUUGUUCAGCAGUUUACUCAGACCUUCCUUCAGCUCUAUAACAGGUCCUCCUAUCAUUCAGUUCCAGUGAGUACAGGUCACGAUCAGAGUUCCACUCUUGCCCAGCACUCUGCUGAAUUGACAUUACCCAAUCAUCAUCCAUUUCACAGAGAUUUACUUCGAUAUGCUAAACUGAUGGAGUGGCUCAAGAACACAGAUUAUGGAAAAUAUGAAGGGCUAACAAAGAAUUAUAUGGAUUAUUUAUCACGACUUUAUGAAAGGGAAAUAAAAGAUUUCUUUGAAGUUGCCAAGAUCAAGAUGACAGGCACAACCAGAGAAGGAAAGAAGUUUGGUCUUCAUGGAAGUUCUGGAAAAUUAACUGGGUCUACUUCUAGUCUAAAUAAACUCUCUGUUCAGAGUUCAGGAAACCGUAGAUCUCAGUCAUCCUCACUGUUAGACAUGGGAAACAUGUCUGCCUCUGACCUGGAUGUGGCUGACAGAACAAAAUUUGAUAAGAUUUUUGAGCAAGUAUUAAGUGAACUAGAGCCUCUGUGUCUGGCGGAACAGGACUUCAUUAGUAAAUUUUUCAAACUGCAACAACAUCAGAGCACCUCUGGAACAGCAAUGAACCAAGUGGAGGAAGUGGAUGGAGUAGCUUUAUCUCGUUCGUACACUUCUGGUGUUCCACAAACAGUAUCAUCUGAGAAGGACAUGAUCCGACAAAUGAUGACAAAAAUAUUUCGUUGUAUUGAACCUGAGCUGAAUAACCUUAUAGCACUGGGAGACAAGAUUGAUAGCUUUAAUUCCCUUUAUAUGUUAGUUAAGAUGAGCCAUCAUGUAUGGACAGCACAAAAUGUGGACCCUGCGUCCUUUCUCAGCACAACACUUGGAAAUGUUUUGGUGACUGUCAAAAGGAACUUUGAUAAGUGCAUUAGUAAUCAGAUGAAGCAGAUGGAUGAAGUAAAAAUCUCAAAGAAAAGUAAAGUUGGGAUCCUUCCAUUUGUUGCUGAAUUUGAAGAGUUUGCAGCCCUUGCUGAAUCAAUUUUCAAAAAUGCAGAACGACGAGGAGAUCUAGAUAAAGCCUACAUAAAACUUAUUAGAGCUGUCUUUGACAGUGUUGAGAAAGUAGCUAAUGAAAGUCAGAAGACACCCAGGGAUGUCGUCAUGAUGGAGAACUUCCAUCAUAUUUUUGCAACACUUUCUCGCCUGAAAAUUUCUUGUCUGGAGGCUGAGAAAAAAGAAGCCAAACAGAAAUACACUGAUCAUCUUCAGUCUUAUGUAAUCUACUCACUUGGACAGCCUCUUGAGAAAUUAAAUCAUUUUUUUGAAGGUGUUGAAGCUCGUGUGGCACAAGGUAUACGGGAAGAGGAAGUAAGCUAUCAGCUGGCUUUUAAUAAACAAGAGCUUCGGAAAGUUAUAAAGGAAUAUCCUGGUAAAGAAGUGAAGAAGGGAUUGGAUAAUCUCUACAAGAAGGUAGAUAAACAUCUCUGUGAAGAAGAAAACUUACUUCAGGUUGUGUGGCAUUCCAUGCAAGAUGAAUUCAUAAGACAGUACAAGCACUUUGAAGGGCUGAUAGCUCGCUGCUACCCUGGAUCAGGAAUUACUAUGGAAUUCACUAUACAGGACAUUUUAGACUACUGCUCCAGUAUUGCACAGUCUCAUUAAGUUCUAGAAAGGGAAAGAGAAGCUAGCAAAGUGUGUGCCUGUGUAUAAGGGAAUCAAACACUAUAAAUGUUACUGGGUUUUUAAAAGGUGGAUUUCCAUGUGUGUGUAGUUAGCUGCCAUGUAUGUUGAGUAACACUCCUGCUUCAAAUGCCUUUCAGGGCAAAAUAAAACCUUCGGGGAUUUGUUGUGUUUCUAUUGGGCUGAAGUACUGUUUGAAAGCAUUAAUUCAGUGAAAACACUUUGGAUACAGUUUUUCCCUUUCCCUAAUAUUAAAAUAUUUUUAUUUAUAAUUUCUUCUCUUGCCAAAAGCAGUAAGCACUACCUUCAUAGUAUGCCAAAAGAAUACUACUGUUUUCACUAAUGUUUUUCAUCUUAGAAAUUAUGUAAGUAUUGAAGAUUACCAGAUAUUUUCCUUUCCUUGUUCUGAGAAGUAUGGAUGUAGAACUUUAUGCAGUGGGAAGACUGAAUUAAUGUUCUGAGAUGUAAUGUGACUAUGGCUAUAAUUCUUAAUUAAACUAUGUUCAUCAUA